GCCCGCCGCGGCUCCGGCUCCGGCUCCCCGGCAUUUAAAGGGGACGCGGCGGCGGCCCCGGGGAUGGAGGGCAGGUGGAAGGGACGGAACAGAGGCACAUCAUCCACGGUCCCUCAGGACUGGAGGGACGCGUGAGCCGGAGCUCAGAAAUCCGGGGGUGGAUAAGACUGCGUCCUCCCCAAUUCCCGAACUCUGGAUGAAAGCUUGAGACCAACACAGUUUCUAGAGGUGGUGCCCAGCAUAAUAUCCUGACAAUGAGCGGGUGUCUUCCAGCUGUUGGCCUACGAUGCCUAUCUAGGGUAUGUCGUGGCCUGGCGAGGGGGGCCCCCAUUGCUUCUCCUGCUGCCUGCUUGCUUCGGACUCUGGCAGAAACCCCACCUGCUGACACGGUCUUCCCAGGGAAUUGGUCUUGGAUGUGCCAGCGAUCCUGGCUGUGGCCCGCUAACCAGGCUCUCCCCGGCCGGCUCCCGCCGCGCCACCUUUCGCUUGCCCCCUCCUCCUGCUCCUCUCCCCCCUGCUCCCAGGACGGCAGGAUGGCUGCGCCCGGCGCGCCUCGCUUCCUCCUGACCUUCGACUUCGAUGAGACCAUCGUGGACGAAAACAGCGACGACUCGAUCGUGCGCGCGGCGCCAGGCCAGCAACUACCCGAGAGCCUGCGAGCCACCUACCGCGAGGGCUACUACAAUGAGUACAUGCAACGCGUCUUCAAGUACCUGGGUGAGCAGGGCGUACGGCCCCGGGACCUGCGCGCCGUCUACGAGACCAUCCCCCUGUCGCCAGGCAUGGGCGAUUUGCUGCAGUUCGUAGCCAAGCAGGGCUCCUGCUUCGAGGUUAUUCUCAUUUCGGAUGCCAACACCUUCGGUGUGGAGAGUGCCCUGCGUGCCGCUGGCCACCACAGCUUAUUCCGCCGCAUCCUCAGCAACCCAUCCGGGCCCGACGCGCGGGGACAGCUGACGCUGCGGCCCUUCCACACGCACAGCUGCCCGCGCUGCCCCGCCAACAUGUGCAAGCACAAGGUGCUCAGCGAAUACCUCCGUGAGCGGGCCCGCGACGGCGUGCACUUCGAGCGCCUCUUCUACGUGGGCGAUGGUGCAAAUGACUUCUGCCCCAUGGGGCUGCUGGCGGGCGGGGACGUGGCCUUCCCGCGCCGCGGUUACCCCAUGCACCGCCUCAUCCAGGAGGCACAGAAGGCCGACCCCAGCUCCUUCCGCGCCCACGUGGUGCCCUGGGAAACGGCCGCAGACGUGCGCCAACAUCUGCAACAGGUGCUGAAGAUGUGUUGAACAUCACCUGCGAGGGGUACCCGGGGACAAACCGGCGGAGGGGGCGGGGCGCAGGACUGGGAAUUGGUUAAGACCACCUGGUUUCACUCCUUCCUCUUCGCUCUGCUAUGUUCCUCUGGGCAUUUCUGGAAUUUUGUCCGCUUGUGGUCUAGGAGCGGAGACUAGGAGCCGUCCCUAUCUAUGCAGUUACCACAGCUCGGCUGCCUCUUCUCCAGGAAGUGGCGAGCACCCCUUGGAAGGCAGGCAGUGUCCCUCGAACUGAGAGGAAGGGGCUCCUGGCAGCUGGGAGAAGGGAUAUCUCCCCACUACUUCAGCUGCCGCUUCGACCGCGUAACUUCCCCUACCUAGUCUUCUUUCAAUCGGACUCAGGAGCCACCACCCCGGCCCCCCGCCCCAGUCCGCAUGCCAGCGCCGGCUUCCUUGCGCAGACCCGCGAUGCUCUCGGGAGACAGCUCCAAAGCAUCCUUGAUUUUGCGCCAGCCACCGCGAUCCGCUGCUGCGCGGGGUCGCGCCUUGCUUCCCUUCCCCCGCCCACCAUGCCAGACACCCCCCAAAGGAAGAAAAAGCCAGAGGGAGCAGCCAACCUCCUGCUGGUGGGACGAGGUAGAGCCAACCAAUGACCUCGGAGAGUGUGACCAAUCUCACUCCAUCCUCAUCUACCACAGCAAGAGACCAGGGACUUCACCAAAGCCGUCCUCCGUCCCCCACCCCUCCCUCCGCCCUUAUGGAACAGAAAGCCAUGUUUUUACGUAGAGCCAGGGAAACCCAAGCCCCUCCCCCUUCUGGUAUUUCAGACCUAUAAAGGAGGUGAAGGGGGA